CCGCCCGCUUGUGAGUUGUGACUGACCCCCCGAUCGAUUGACCGACCCCAUGGCGCGGUGCAUGCCCCUCCUCGCCUCCCUGCUGCUGCUGGCCCUCGCCGGCGUCGCCUCCGCCGACAAGGCCCCCGAGAGCGGCUUCAUCGUCACCGGCCGCGUCUACUGCGACCCCUGCCGCGCCGGCUUCGAGACCAACGUCUCCAAAAACGUCGAAGGGGCGACGGUGGCGAUGGACUGCCGGCCGUUCGGCGGCGGCGAGAGCAAGCUCAAGGCGGAGGCGACGACGGACAACAAGGGGUGGUACAAGAUCGAGAUCGACCAGGACCACCAGGACGAGAUCUGCGAGGUGGUGCUGACCAAGAGCCCCGACGCGUCGUGCGCCGAGAUCGAAGAGUUCCGCGACCGCGCGCGCGUCCCGCUCACCAGCAACAACGGCAUGAAGCAGCAGGGCACCCGCUUCGCUAACCCCAUCGCCUUCUUCCCCAAGGAGCCGCGCAAGGAGUGCGGCGGCAUCCUCCAGGCUUACGACCUCAAGGACGCACCCGAGAACCCAUGAACCCCCAUCCCAUCCAUAUAGUCUCGCUCAGUUGCUUCCCAUCAUCAUCAUCAUCAUCGUCUCCUCAUGACUCUCCUACGUACGGUGCCCUUGCCUAGCUACUUCUGUUCCAGCUAUAUGUUUUGUAUAAGAUAAAUUCUAUUAGUAUCUUUUUGUCUCGAAUAAUAAGAUGAUAAAUUGUAUGAUGAUUAAUAUAUAGAGAUCAUAUGUACAAUGUAUGCGCGCAGUGUUUUUGUAUCA